GCAAAAUGGCGACCACGGAAGUACCUCGAGUAAAGAUAGGACAUUACAUUCUCGGGGAGACGCUUGGAGUUGGCACAUUUGGAAAAGUGAAAAUUGGUGAGCACCAGAUUACUGGACAUAAAGUGGCUGUCAAGAUACUGAACCGACAGAAAAUUAAAAGUUUAGAUGUUGUUGGAAAAAUUAGGAGAGAAAUUCAAAACCUGAAGUUAUUCAGGCACCCUCACAUAAUCAAAUUAUACCAAGUUAUCAGUACACCUACUGAUAUAUUUAUGGUGAUGGAGUAUGUGUCUGGAGGGGAACUCUUUGACUAUAUUGUGAAACAUGGAAAGUUAAAAGAACACGAAGCACGCAGAUUCUUCCAGCAAAUUAUAUCUGGUGUAGACUAUUGCCAUAGGCAUAUGAUUGUACACAGAGAUUUAAAACCAGAAAAUCUAUUGUUAGAUUUUAACAUGCAUGUCAAGAUAGCUGAUUUUGGUUUGUCUAAUAUGAUGACUGAUGGUGAAUUCCUUCGGACCAGCUGUGGCUCUCCCAAUUAUGCUGCUCCGGAAGUUAUCUCUGGAAAACUAUAUGCAGGACCUGAAGUGGAUGUAUGGAGUUGUGGUGUCAUUUUAUAUGCAUUACUUUGUGGAACUCUGCCGUUUGAUGAUGAGCAUGUACCAACCCUGUUUAGAAAAAUCAAAGCUGGAGUGUUUACAAUUCCUGACCACAUUGCCAAAUCAUCAGUGGUCACAUUACUCACUCACAUGCUACAAGUGGAUCCAUUAAAAAGAGCAACAGUAAAAGAUAUCAGGGAGCAUGCGUGGUUCAGUAAGGACUUGUCAGCUUACUUGUUUCCUCUAGACGACUAUGAUGAUUCAUUUAUUGAUGGUGAUGCAAUCAAAGAAGUUUGUGAAAAAUUUAACACAAGAGAAUCUGAAGUACAAAGUGCAAUAUUGGCCGGAGACCCACAUGAUCAACUCAGGAUUGCAUAUCAUCUUAUCAUAGAUAAUAGGAGGAUUAUGGAUGAAGCUGUUAGAGGUCAAAUCAAAGACUUUUAUCUGGCGUCAAGUCCACCAAGUGAACAACCUGUUUUCUUCACUACAGAGAAGGUCAAUAAGAGUCCUCCAGCUAAUACACCUUUGAAACCCCACCCUGAAAGAAUGGAUAGAAUGCAGCCAACCAACAUAAAGCAGGGAUCGGCCAGUCCUCGGUUAGAUGCCAGGAUGCACAAUAGAUUUACCACUCCAGUCAAGAGAUCUAAAUGGCAUCUAGGAAUCCGGUCUCAAAGUAAACCACAUGACAUUAUGGGGGAAGUGUACAGAGCAAUGAAGUCAUUAGGCUACGAAUGGAAAGUUAUCAAUCCCUUUCAUUUACGAGUCAGAAGGCUAAAUUCUGUAACUGGAAAAAUGGUAAAGAUGAGUCUUCAGUUAUAUCAAGUAGAUCAUAAAAGUUAUCUUCUAGAUUUUAAAAGUCUUAGUAAUCCACAAGAUUCAGGAUCUAUGACACCAACAACCUCAUCGUCAGAACCGAGUCUAGCGGAUGAUUCGUUGAUGGAUGUUGAUAUCCCCCCAUCGCCAGGUGGACUGACAUCAGUAUCAGGAGUUCACCAUACAUUGGAAUUUUUUGAAAUGUGUGCCAGUCUUAUUACCACACUUGCUAGAUAGAACUGUAUUUUAAUUUAUUUAUUAUACUGUUUACAAAAUAGAUUAUUUUAGCCGCUGUUCAAUUUGUUUUGAAACAAAGUCAUGGUGCACUUGUUUGUUUCAUAAUACAUACAAUGUGCUUUUCUCACAAAAAAAAUCUUCAUAAAAAUUUUACUUGAAAAUUGACAUAAUUUUACAUUUGGAAUUGCAAAUACACUAUAGCUGUUUUUCAUUUGUUUAUUCACUAAUUAUGUUCCAUUGAUAUGCUCAUAUUAAUUAGCUAAUUUACAUACCACUUUCAGUACGUUUUUAUCAUUUCUUUAGCUUGUUAUUUUAGCUAACGUCGCUACCUAGUAUGUUCACAAAUUCAAAAUGUAGGUGAUUUGUCCCAAGGCUGUUUUGAAUUGGCCAAUGGAAAUUCUAGAAUUUUCGAUGUUGUAAUCUGUAACCUAGUUAAUGUGAUUAAAGUACAAACAAUUCAGAAUUUGCAACAAAUUGAUUACUAAUGUAAUUAGGCUAUGCAAACUCAGGAUGACAAAUUGAUUAGGUGAAAUCUCCCCAAUAGAUGAACGUCUGUUCACAGCAAGGUCUUGCGUAAUACGUGGACUAGACAUCUGCCGAGAAAAAAAGCAAGUAAGUUUAUUUUGAACUUGGAAUAUUGAAAUUUCCUUACUUCAUUAUCAAAUGAGUAUAGCACAUUAAUAAUCAUGGGAAAACCAAUCAUAUACUUUUGCAAUAGUCAAAUCCCAUGGGAUAGUCACUACAACGCUAUGACCUUUGUUUGUCCUGUUUUUGUGUUUGAUUUCACACAUAACGCAAGAUCUUGCAGUGAGCGGGAAAAGUUGUCUAUCACGAUAGCUGUAGUAUGAAUUAGUUAAAUCGUGGUCACUUGAUAGUUACGGCACAUAAAGCACUCAUAGUCGUAGUUUAUAUGCUACGACAGUCACAUGACCAUUAUUUAACUGUGGAUACGGUACAUUGUAUACCCUGAAAAUAAAUUGACAAUUUAGCAAAUUGAUACAUUAAGGUAAACUCACCUACGGUAGAUCUAAAGUAAAAUAUUUACAUUAACCAUGUGUAUAUUAAUUUGCCAAUUAGUGUUCAAUUGAUAAUAAUGCAUUCUGUACACAGUUUAGAUCCAAGACUGACAUGUGGUACUUAUAUUAAUACUUAAAACUGCUGAAAAAAUGGGAAAAAAAAAAUAUUUCCAUUUAAUUUUUUGUACAGUAUUAUGAUUCUUAUGUGUAUUGUUCAUAGUGUUUAUAGAGUUGUAUAUUAGCGGCCUAUUAUGGGAUAGGUAUAAGAUAAUAGCCAUAUUGCAUUGUGGGAUAGCUAUCCGAUAAUUGGGAUUGCAUUGUGGGAUAUCUCAUCAGAUAGUGUUUAGUAAAUUGCAUUCUGGGAUAGCUGUAUUAUAAAUAGACAUGAGCGGAGCAACCGUUCAUUGUACAUAUUGUAGUCGCGUGCACCAACAUUUGCAUAUUGCAGAUCAAUUGUUUUAAUUUGUUUGGAUGACUCGCAAUGUAAGUUUUAAGUUACGAAAAAAAUUGUACUAAUGCCACUAAGACGUGAAAUACAUGAUUAAAUGUGAUACAUGUUAUACUGCUAAAUAGAAUUGUGUAACGCAGCUGUAAUAUUGGUUUUUACAUUGUUUUAAAACAUAGAGUAGAUCUAGAUAUAAAAAGAAAACUGAUGAACUAUUACUAGCGAUAGUUUGGUAUGUUGUUAUAUUAUGGUGGUUACUCGUUAUUUGAUUGCUUGUGAUCAAGUUAUGCCGUAUUUACUAUUAUUAUACAUCUGUCACCGUAACGCCAUAGGUUACAGCGUGCCAUUAUUUUGUGGUAUUUUACGGGGUAUUUUCAUCCUAUCAUAUUAGGAAAUGCAAAUUCCAAAUAUUGAAUUAUUACGCGCGUAAGCAUCCUCUAAUAAUAAAAACAAACAUGGCUGCCACCAGAAUUUAACCGGACUCCAUACAAAGAAGUUCGCUGAUUAUGUUCUAAACUUUUUAGAUUUCGGCAUUCCCAUGAUAUAUCCUUGGUAGGAAAAAAUGUAUAAUAAUAAGGUUAUUACGAAGUUACCUCAAAGUAUGCACUCAGACAGUACGCUGUCGCAGUGAUCUCGCUGCGUGUCGGUCGAUACUGCCGCUUUACUGUCUUCGUGCAUAUUUUGAGGUAUCUUCGUAAUAACCUCAUACUAUUUCUUUCAAUUACACUGUACUUGUGAUGGUGAUACUACAAGUUUAACUCAUUUAUAUAAUCAGUUGAAUAUUUGCAUUAAAUAUUCCAUUAUGGAUAAUAAAUAUGAAUCAGUUUAUCUCUAUGUAAGUGUCAUCUUAUCUUUAAGUUUUAUAAUAUGCAUUUAUACUAUGAGUUGUCCUGAACUGUUUCAUAUGUAGUUUCCACGAUGAACUGAAACAGAACUUGGUCUCUAGUUUCAAACUGUGUAUUUGGACAAUUAACCGUAAUAGUUUUGAUUUGCUAACCUGUGUAUGAUUUUCUUUAAUGCUGUUAACAUGCCGUGAUGCACAGAAUGCUUAUUGUACGUUUAUGUACAUGCUUCUUGGAAAUCUGACUUGUAUUUGCAGAAUGUGGUACACGCAAAAUUAUGAAAUCAUAGUGUGGUACACACUAAAGCAUGACAUCAUAGUGUGGUACACACUGAAGCAUGACAUCAUAGUGUGGAGCACUUAAAAAUCAUGAUGUCAUAUUGUGGUACACACAAAAGCAUGACAUCACACAUAUAGUUGACAUUAAACCUUUGCACACAAAGGCAUAGCGUAAUGGUGGUACUUACCAAAUGUUGCUGUAAUCUAUAAGGUUUGAGUAUUUGUGGCAGGAUUGCCCAAUCAACAUGAGGUCAUGACUUUGUGUGUACUAUUUAGUGAGGUCAUGUCUUUGUGUGUACUAUUUAGUGAGAUCAUGUUCACGUGUGUACUAUUUAAUGAGGUCAUAGCUGGAGUUUAUGCAUACUUGCCAUUGAAGUAUAAAGCUGAUUUAUGUGAUUUUACCUUCACUGAUUUUGCAUUUAUUUAAUAAUUUCUAACGUAUUGUUUCAGUAUUUUAGCAAAUAAAAACUAUUUUUUAUUGUUAA